AUGAGCCCCUUUCCGCUCCUUCCGCCAUGGCCGCUCCCCCCGAAACUUCCGCAAUACACUCUUUCCCUCCGCCGACGGGUUUCUGCUCCUCCCCCUUGUCGCGCUCCUCCUCUUCCCCGCGCCGUUCUCCCCCGCGCCACCAUCAUCGUUCCGCGCGCCGUUUCUCUUCCCCGGCGGCGUGGCUUCUGCGCGCGCUGCGCCAAUGAGCGUGCUGGACGUGUUCCGCCCGUCGUGCCCGCUUCCGCCCAUGAGCGGACCCCCCGGAGGUACGUUCCGCCCAUGAGCGCACGCAGCCUCCGCCCUAGUGCGUGCUGCUUCUCCCCGUCCCCUGCUCUCCCCUUUCUCCCCUUCCUCUUUCCCCUCUCCCCCUCUCCCCUUUAUCCCUUCUCUUGCCGUCCCUCUCUCCUCUCCCCUCCCGUCCCUAUCUCCCCACCUUCUCCUCGUUACAAUCACACCAACCAGGUGGAGCAGGAGAAGCAGUUGGGACGAUGUGACUGUAUGGUGGGCAGCUUUCAGGGGCAGCAGGGACCCCCCUGGGCUGCGAUGAAGAGCAGGAAGGAGCGCUACUGUGCCCCAUGGCAUGGCUGUGCUGUGCUGCUCGCUUUCCUUCUCUUACUGACCCUCUCUCCCCGUCUUCCCCUCGCUACAAUCACACCAACCAGGGUGGAGCAGGCGGAGCGAUGUGACUGGUGGAGUAAAUGGAGCGAUGUGACUGUAUGGGGGGCGGCUUUCAAGGGCAGCAGGGACCCCCCUGGGGUGCGGUCAAGGGCAGGACGCAACGUGACAGUGCCGUGUGGCAUGGCUGUGCUGCUGGACGUGGCGAAUGUGACCCUCGACACGCUACACGUGCACGGAUGGCUCAAGGUCCUAGACAAUAAGCCACGCCUGCCGCGCAUUGAGGUCCGUGCUAACUUCAUUAUAGUCACCGGGCGGCUGACGGUGGGGGAAAAGGACAAGCAGUUUGCCGCCCAGGCACUGUUCACGCUCACGCCCAACAGCGGGCGGCAGAGGAGAGAGUACGCCUUCACGCUCUUCCCCCCGGCCGAACCUGCCUUCCCUAGGCCCUUGGGCCACAAGGUGUUUGCUGUGGUCGGAGGGCAGGUGGACUUGCACGGCCUCCCAGGCCCGCCCUCCAUGCCGGUGUGGGUGCGCUUGAAUAAGACGGCGAUCGCCGGCCAGAAGGAGAUCGUGGUGAACGCUGAUGUCAGCACGUGGCCGGUGGGCGGCGAGAUUGCGAUUGCGUCUACGAGUGCGAAGAUGGACGAAGCCGAAAAGGCAGUGAUUGCAGGAGUUUCCCCCCACCCUCAGGGCUACCGCAUAUUGCUUUCAGGCCCCCUAAAGUAUUCCCACGACGGCAAUCCCAAGGCCGUGCUGGACGGGUUCGGAGGGGCGGUGGACGUGAGAGGAGAGGUGGGGCUGCUGCACCGCAACAUCGUGAUCCACGGGGUGCAUGAGACGGGGAAAUACGAGCUGGAAGGCGGUCAUUUCAUGGUGUUUAUGACCCAGACCCCUCAAUUCAUCGAAGGAGUUCAGUUUGCUUAUAUGGGACAGCAGGGCGUGCUGGGGCGGUACCCGCUGCACUUCCACGUGUGUGGAGAGGCGAAUCAAAGCCACGUCGUGCGGAAGAAUGCGAUUGUGUACAGCAAGCAGCGCUGUGUGGUGAUCCAUGCAACGAGCAACAUGACGAUUGAAGACACGGUGACAUACGAGAGCAAGGGGCACUGCUUCCUGGUGGAGGAAGGCUCGGAGAACAAUAACGUUUUCAGGCGGAACCUGGGGAUCAGCGUGAGAAAAGUGAAGGUGGUUAUCCCCUCUAAAGAGUCGUACGAUAAGCACACAGACGACAAGCCCAGCACGUUUUGGAUGGCCAACCCCAACAACGAUUACAUUGAUAACGUGGCUGCUGGGUCGGAGGAUUCAGGGUACUGGACGGAGCUUAAGGAGGGGAUGAGGGGUCUAUCCCAGCUCCUACCCAACGCCCGUAACAUGCACCCUAUAGAAACCAAGUUCGGCACUUACUCGGGAAAUGUGGCGCAUUCAGCCAAGUUUGGGUUCCGCUCCUACCCCCAUGGCAUGUUUCCCUAUGCGCCCGGUGCUAGGGUGACCCUAUCCAAUUUCCUCAUCUACCGCAAUGAAGUUGG